AUGUACACAGAAUCAAAAGAUGAAGAAGAUUUAAAAGAUUUAUUUAAAAGAAUUGAAAAAAUUGGUAAAGAAAAUAGCAAAAGUAAAUCAAUAGGAAUCAAAGAUCAUUUUGGUUUGGAUAAAGAAUUCAAGACAAUUGAGAGAGUCGAAACAACAUAUAGCUAUCAUAAAGAAAGAUUUUUAGAGUCUGAAUUCAAACUAAACGGUGCCAAUACAACAACGAAUCAUACAUCACAAUCGUCGCAAUCAUCACAGUCAUCAUCAUCAUCACAACAAUCAAAUCUUGUAUCACAAAGUCAACAUAAUGUUUUACAAUAUAACACAAUAUAUUCAAGUAGAUUAGAAAAGCUUCGUCCAGUUUUAAUGGAACAAGUAGAGUCCAAAUUUUCAAAUGUACCAGUACAAAAAAUUCUUCAAAUGAAGCCAGGAGAUGAAUGCGUUAUGAUUGGAACAUUGUACAAAGAAAUGGAAUUAAAGCCAAAUAUUUUAAAGCAAUAUGCACAAGAUAGAGCAAUGUUACCAUUACCAGAUAAUAGGGAAUCUUUUAUAAGCGAAAAAGAUAAAUUAUUUUUUGAAGAUGACACAGGUAGAGUUAAAUUGAUUGGCGAAAAAGGAAUGGUUGAUAGUUUAGUAACAGGUUUAAAUGUAGCAAUUAGAGGUAGAGGUUUAACUGAUGCUGAAUUUGAAAUUCAAGAGGUAUUAUUCCCAGGAUUGCCACCACAACCACAUUCAAGAGAUUUGGAAAAAAUUAAAGAUGAUGUUUAUAUUUGUUUAGUUUCAGGUAUUGGUAUUGGUAAUCCAAAUAAUAUUUUUCAAAUAAAUCUAUUAAAAGAAUUUUUAACAGGUAGUGUUGGUAGUGAAAGCGAACAAAAUGAAUUUAUAAAAAAGAUUAGUAGAGUAGUUUUUGUAGGUAACUCAAUACACAAAGAAGAAGAACCACAUGAAGCAUUUGUAAGAUAUAGUUCAAGACAAGAAACUCAAGCAAAACAAGCAAAACAAGCUCUUCCCAUUAAAGAGUUGGAUGGAUAUCUUUCUGAACUCUGCCAAUCGAUCCCAGUCGAUAUUAUGCCAGGUCCAAAUGAUCCAACCAACGUUUCAUUACCUCAACUACCAUUAAACUCAUGUCUUUUCCCAUUCAGUAUUCAAAACACAAAUACUACAUUUGCAACCAAUCCAUAUGAAUCAUUAGUUGGUGGAAGAGUACUUUUAGGAACAAGUGGUCAAAAUAUUGAAAAUGCUUCGCGUUAUAUGAAAUCUGAAAGCAAAAUGAAAAUCGCCGAAAAUACACUAGUUUGGAGACACUUGGCCCCAACUGCACCAGACACAUUAACUUGCUCCGCAUUAGAUCAAGAUCCUUUUGUUAUUGAACAAUGCCCACACAUUCUAUUCUUUGGAAAUCAAGAUCACUACGAAAGCAAAUUACUAAAAGGUCCAAAUGACGAAGUUGUACGUUUAAUCUUUAUUCCAAAAUUCUCUGAAACUAACACAAUCGUUUGUGUAAAUCUUAAAACUUUAGAUACCUUCCCAAUUACAUUUAAUACAUCAUCAUUUUUUCCACAAUCACCAUCAACCCAACAAUAA